GGAAAUAUUGCGAAUUUUUUUGCCGAGUGGCGAACCUUGAAUUCCGUUUCCUCGGGAAGUAUAAAAGAGAAUGCCCGUCGGUGCACUUCACAGUCAUCUGCUGACCACGAGGAAAAUGAAAACUCCAGUUGCUCUUCUUCUGUCUGCUCUGAUCGGGGCAGCUGUAGCUGACAGCCGCAACAGCUACUCAGCCCCUGGAGGAUCAUCUGCUGGAGGCUUUGCAGGUGCCGGAGCAGGUGGUGGUUUCUCCAUGGAUGGCUCUUCCUUCGGUACCUUCUCUGGUGGGUCUUUCGAUGGGUCUUCAGGUGGCUUCUCAGGUGGUAAUGCUGGUGGUAUUUCUUCUCUGGCGGAUCAAGUGGCAGACCAGGAUCUGGAGGCUCGUCCCAGCCAUGGCCAUUUCCAGGCGUCCUACAAGAGGCUCUUGGAGGAAAGAUAAACUCUAACCUCAUUGCUGAAGGCACAGGGAGCUACUCAAAUGCUGGGUCUUCUGGACCAUUUGGAGGAGGAGCUCUAGGAGGAUCGGGAGCUGGAUUUAGCUCCGGUGGUUCAUUUGGAGGGAUUCGGCAACAUGGAUCAGCUGGAGGUGGAUUUGGAGGUCACGCAGGAGGAUCUGCUGGAAGUAGCUUUGGAGGCAACUUUGGAGGUUCCAGUGGAAGUGGAUUUGGAGGUCAUGCUGGAGGAUCUGCUGGAAGUAGCUUUGGAGGCAACUUCGGAGGUUCCAGUGGAAGUGGAUUUGGCUCAGGAGGCUUUUCUGGUGGCUCUUUUGGAGGUGGAGCAUCAUCUGGAUCCUUUGCAGGAUCCAGCGGUGGCUAUGCUCCUCCACACUAAGAUUAAACUGUAAUGUUUAAAUUUAGCAGCUGGGUUGAAUUAUGAAAAUAUAUUGGGAAAUUAGUUGCAUGGAAUCUUGAAUAAAGAAAAUAUAAACUGUCUA